CUGGUUGGCAGUAAUCACGCGUGUAUACACAGUAGCAGCAGAAGUCGUCACAGAAGAAGAAGCUAAGCAAGUAAACCCACAAACGAAGAAGAAAUAGCAACUUGUUGUGUAUAAUUUGAGAAGACCAGCAAUGAUGGAAGUAAAUAAACAGCGACUUAUGUUUCAGUUUGAGUUAAAUCACUCCUCAACUUGGCUCAUCUUUGUUUUCACCGUCUCAAACGGAAAUACCUAUGACGCAGUUUUUUUUACCUGACGGGAGGGGUUCUGGUGGACCAAUCACAGCGCUUACGGUCCGCGUAGAGCCGACGCGCUGUUAGAAAUUUUGUGAGGUGCGCGUCAGGCUACGCAGAGCUACGCACAGGCUACGGAUAGCCUACGCCGUAGCUACGCCGUAGGACCUACGCACGACUAUAAAUCGCCCUUAAGACUGACAGAAAAUUUAAAGUUGCGAUUUUCUAGGCAGAUAUGACUAGGAACUAUACACUAAUUCUGGCGUAAUAAUCAAGGACUUUGCAGCUGUAACAUGGCUGCAGCAGGCGUAGUGAUAUUACACACUGCGUAGUGAUAUUACACACUGUCCCCUACCAUUGAAAGUAACCAAGGGGACUAUUUUCGGGCAGUUUGUGUUUAAGCCGGGCUAUAGAAACAUGAUGGCGGGGCGACUUCCAUAUAAGCGGUGUAUGUAGAUAAGAACAGCUCAUUUUAAGUAUGUUAAGUAUUUUAUAUUGCAUUUCUGUAAAGAGAUACUUCUAAAAGUUACACAAUGCACCUUUAAAUUUAAGGGCACAGGGUCAAAUUUCCCCUAAGAACCAUUUAUUAUCUUUUAAUAUAGUUUGGAAAACCUUUUUUUAUUACACUCUUAAAAAUGAAGGUGCUGGUGCCAUUGAAAAAACAUUUUUAGCUGUAUGGCUCCAUAAAGAACCUUUAGCAAUAAAAGAAGAUUUCUGUUUCACAAAUUGUUCUCUUUAUAGUGGACAAAGUUUAUUUAGACAAAAAAAAUGAGGAGCCUUUGAAUGUGUCUCUGGAUGAUUUUGUUGAAGAAUCUUUUCUAGCACCUUUAUUUUGAAUAGUGUACAAACAGGCGUUAGAUGUUUCCAGAGACUCUCUCUUCUAUCUCCAGGCCCCACCUUUCUCUCAGAGUCUUAACCAGAUUAUCGUAAAGUUAAAGGAGCCUGCGUUGGCCCAUGUGUAGUCACUAUAGGCUUAGAGCCACAAAGAAAGCAGAUGGGAUAAGAAAGCCAGGGGAUCUAAUUACAGAGACUUAAUCAUCUAGCGAAGGCCGCGGCCAGGAGCAGGUAAACCCAGCUGCAAAAUUUCUGACUGUUAUUUAACAUGGAGAACGAGGACGAGGAAGAUGAAAUCUUUACGAUAAGGGAGUCGGGAUAUGACGGCCAGGAAAAUGUAGAGGAGCAGGACGAAGAAGAGGAAUCAGAAGAAGAGGAGCCAGACAGAGAGAGGAAGAGUAACUUGGAUAUUCCAAUACCAAGUCGGUCACUGGCCAGCCGCAGAUCUUCACUUCCAUGUCCGGCACAACUGAAUGCGAUGCAUUUGAGUCAUCUGCACGCUGCCAUCAUGGCCCACAGCCCAGCGUACCUGUGCCAUCAGCUGGAGAGCAGUGAAACCAGGCCAUCCUCUCGCUCCAGCCAUGACAGCAGUAAUGAAGAGGGAGCGCAGGCCAAAACUGGCACAUCUGACAGAAGAGCACCUGCCAUUCCAACCAUCGGUGAGCCCCUGGAGAGAAAAGCUCGAUUUAGGAGUCGAAAUGUCAUGUCUCUGAGUGAUGCUGAUAGUGUGUGUCUGAUCUGCCAUGAUGACUUACGUAAAGGAAGAGGACCUAUAAGAGAACUUCACUGCUCGCACAGCUUUCACAGUGAGUGCAUAGAGGAGUGGCUGUGGACCAAGCAGGCCUGCCCUACCUGUCGAAAGCACGUUGCCAUGCCAGAGCCUCUCUACUGGACAUCAACCAGAGUCAUAGUGCCCUGAACUAUUCAAGCAUCCAUUUAAACUGCUUUGGCCAUUUUACAAAAACUUUUACAACAGAUCGGAAAUGUUUUUUACACCAUUACACUGUUUAAUUCUGGUAUUAUUCUUCUUACAAGGUAAAAAAGACCCAUUUUUGGAGAAUUGUAUAUGUGGUGCUACAUUUAAAUGCAGUUCUUUGAAUAAUUAAGGGUUCAGGAGACACUGAUUAACCGAAUCUCACACUGGACUUUUAACAAAAUUAAUGUAUUCUUUUUUGUAUUUACAUAUUAAAAAAGAUGCUUUUUGUCUACAUUGUAUAUUUAUUUUGCAAAUAAUGCCUAUAUUGCAUAAGAUGUUUUUUUCUUUUAUGUGCAAAUAAUGUUAAUCAACUAAACUAGCUGUAUGAAAGAGUAUAUUAGUGCAAGUAUUUUAGAGUGCAAGUGCUGACAUUUUAUUUUGCAAAAUUUGUAAACGAUGUAGGCUUGUUUGACUUCAUG